AUGACCCUGGGCUGCAGCAGCGGGAGCAGCCGCCCCUGUGGCUUGCUGGCGGCCCCCUCACCGGAGGAGGAUGAGGAGGACGAGUCGUUGUCCGACGUGGAGGAUGCCGACAUCGACGUGGUAGGGCCCCCUCACGAGCAGACCAAGUUUAGCGAGGAAGAGGAGGAGGAGGAGGAAGAGGAAGACGACGAUGAUUUGCGCCUCCUCCCCAAACAGGCGCUGCGGGUGAGGCUGUCCCCAGUCCAGCGAGGCCCGGAGGCCACGCUGGGCGACAAUCACAUCGUUGCAGCGGCUCCGGCGGGGUCGGCGGCCGGCCCGGCGUCUGCCUCGUCCUCGUCCUCGUCCUCCUCCUCGCCGUCCAGCGGCGCUUCAGGAGCCGGCAAAAACCCCCUGGUGAAGCCGCCCUACUCCUACAUUGCCCUCAUCACCAUGGCCAUCUUGCAGAGCCCCAAGAAGCGGCUAACGCUGAGCGAGAUCUGCGAGUUCAUCAGCGGCCGCUUCCCAUACUACCGCGAGAAGUUCCCGGCCUGGCAGAACUCCAUCCGCCACAACCUGUCGCUCAACGACUGCUUCGUCAAGAUCCCCCGCGAGCCGGGCAACCCGGGCAAGGGCAACUACUGGACUCUGGACCCGGAGUCCGCCGAUAUGUUCGACAACGGCUCCUUCCUGCGCCGGAGGAAACGCUUCAAAAGGCAGCAGCAGCAGCUCCACCCUCAGCCGCCGGAGCUCCUCUUGCGCGCCGCGGCCGUCGCUGCCGACCCAGCGACUUUCCUGCCGGGCUUCGCCUACGGACCUUAUGGUUACAACUACGGGCUGCAGCUGCAGUUUCCACCAUCACCACCAUCAUCACCACCACCCGGUUGCCCCAGGCGGAGGACGGCGGGGACGUUUUCUUUCCAGACUUCCUCCUGCACCCUCCCUGCGCCGCCCGGCCCCGGGGCCACGGCGACCGCCCCGUCCGUCUUCUCCAGCGGACUCUCCUCUUUCCUGGGUAGCGAUCUAAGUUGCAGGAAAGCUUUCUACCCGGCGGGGCAGCUUAGCCCUACCGCCUCCCUCCUGCAGAGCCUCAAGACGGACCAGGGAACGGGCAACAGGCCUUCUUUUUCCAUAGACAAUAUCAUUGGAAGCGGUGGCGGCGCGGCCCCUCCGCCUUCCAGUAGCUCCGCGGUCAGCGCUACAGAUUCGCCCUUCCCGGCGGGCCAUGCUGGGAGCCAAGCGCAGGUCCUGGCUAUGUUGUCUCCAGCUCUGACUCCCUUACCGAACCAUUUGAGCCUCACCCACGAAGCACUCCUGCAAUCGGGACAAAACUUUUCCAGUAAACUUACAAACCUCAGCAAUUGUUCUUUUUAAAGGCAGCCACAAUGGCCCCCCUUCCCAAUCAACAUUCCCCCUCCUAUCUAUCUCCCUCUAUUGUCCUCCCAUUGUGUUUUGAAAGGUAGGAACUUUUUUUUGGUGGCAUCUGACAUCUGGAUCGUUUUGUGCGUGCGCGCGUAUCUCCUCUGGGGUUGUGGUUUAGCAAAUGGCGGGGUAUGUGAGUAGGGGGAGAGAAAUUGUUGAGCCAAAAGACCUAUUUAAAAUUAGUCUUUCUUAUAAAAUGAUUUCUGGCAGCUUGGAAAGAAAAAAAAGAAAAAGUGAAAUCAUUUAAUUAAGGCUGCAGUCCUAAACUGUCCAGGUGGUGCUAUUUUAGUUGGAUUUAUUGGAAUGGCCUUCCAAGUAUGGAUCCAUUAGCAGGUCGGUACUUCUGGGGUAUAACUGCCUUAUACUCUGUAAAGUUACUCCAUUCAAUUUAAAUCUUUAAUGCAGACUUCCCAGAUAGUUGGUUUGAAGCCGGGCUUGUUCCAAGGGCUUAACUUUAAACUAAUAGUGGUGGGGGUUAAUUCAUGCUUUUGGGGGGCAAAUCCAUUGCAUUCUGUUUGUGCUCCCAGGUGUGCCUCCUUGGGUGUGUGUAUGGGGGGUGAGAGGCACUUGUGAGACUUUGCAUUUAAACAGUUUCCCUGAAUAGUUCUGAUGUCUGUAUUUUCCCAUUUUUUGAAUGAAGUUUAAAAAAAAAUCCUCUUGCGUAUCCUUAAUAGUUCAAUGUUUCCUAAAAGUGUAUAAAUCAAUUUAUGUUUUAAGUGAGAUUUGAAAUACAUAUCACUAAAAAUCAGGCCAUAUCAGCAAAUCCUCUGUUAUCAAAACUCCCACCUCCUCUCCACUCUCCUUCAGUGUGUGUGUGCACGCAUAUGUGUGUGUAUGUAUGUGUGUUCAGUGUACCGGGAUUCAUUGGCAUGUAUACAUUGUGCACCAGAGCUAUUUUGCUCUCUUCCCACUAGUGUUUCCCUCCUAUUUUAUUGGAAGAAUUGUGAAUGAUUAGAUGUGGAAAAGGCAACACAUUUUUUUUUGUCCACCUCUGGUGUAAAUUAAUAAAUGUCUGUGAUUUCUCUUAAAA